AGGACCUUAGCAUCGUGAGACAUUUUAGAUUCAUAGUCAUCACGGCUGACCCGCUCAGAGUUCAUCAUGUCAAAGUUGAAAAGCUCAGAGUCUGUGAGGGUGGUGGUUCGCUGUCGGCCCAUGAAUGGCAAGGAAAAGGCUGCUGCCUAUGACAAGGUGGUGGAUGUGGAUGUGAAGCUGGGGCAGGUGUCUGUGAAGAACCCCAAAGGAGUGGCCCAUGAAAUGCCUAAGACCUUCACCUUUGAUGCAGUCUAUGACUGGAACGCCAAGCAAUUUGAACUCUAUGAUGAGACAUUCCGACCACUUGUGGACUCUGUCCUGCAGGGUUUCAAUGGGACAAUUUUUGCCUAUGGACAAACUGGUACUGGGAAAACCUACACAAUGGAAGGAGUUCGUGGUGACCCUGAAAAGAGAGGGGUUAUCCCUAACUCGUUUGACCACAUCUUCACCCACAUUUCUCGAUCCCAGAAUCAACAGUACCUGGUCAGGGCUUCAUAUUUAGAGAUCUACCAGGAGGAGAUCCGAGAUCUGCUCUCAAAGGAUCAGACCAAAAGGCUUGAGCUCAAAGAGAGACCGGACACUGGCGUGUAUGUGAAAGACCUGUCUUCCUUUGUCACCAAGAGUGUGAAGGAGAUAGAGCACGUGAUGAACGUGGGGAAUCAGAACCGUUCAGUCGGUGCUACCAAUAUGAAUGAGCACAGUUCGCGUUCUCAUGCAAUUUUUGUUAUCACAGUCGAGUGCAGUGAGGUGGGCCUUGAUGGUGAAAACCAUAUCCGUGUGGGGAAAUUGAACCUUGUAGAUCUUGCUGGCAGUGAACGGCAAGCCAAGACCGGUGCUCAAGGGGAAAGAUUGAAGGAAGCGACCAAGAUCAACCUCUCCCUUUCAGCCUUGGGUAAUGUCAUCUCUGCCCUGGUGGAUGGCAAAAGCACCCACAUUCCAUACCGGGACUCAAAGCUUACCAGGCUUCUCCAGGAUUCCCUCGGUGGUAAUGCUAAAACUGUGAUGGUGGCCAAUGUGGGGCCCGCCUCUUACAAUGUAGAGGAGACUCUGACCACGCUGAGAUAUGCCAACCGUGCCAAAAACAUUAAGAACAAGCCAAGGGUCAACGAGGACCCCAAAGAUGCCCUUCUUCGAGAAUUUCAGGAAGAGAUUGCUCGGCUCAAGGCCCAGCUGGAGAAGCGGUCCAUUGGCAGAAGGAAGAGGCGGGAGAAGCGGAGGGAAGGUGGUGGCAGUGGCGGGGGCGGGGAGGAGGAGGAGGAGGAGGGAGAAGAGGGUGAGGAGGAAGGGGACGAUAAGGAUGAUUAUUGGCGGGAACAGCAAGAAAAACUGGAGAUUGAGAAGCGGGCCAUUGUAGAGGACCACAGCUUGGUUGCAGAGGAGAAGAUGCGACUGCUAAAGGAGAAGGAGAAGAAGAUGGAGGAUCUGCGGCGGGAAAAGGACGCUGCCGAGAUGCUGGGCGCAAAAAUCAAGGCCAUGGAGAGCAAGCUCCUUGUUGGGGGAAAGAAUAUAGUGGACCAUACGAACGAACAGCAGAAAAUCUUGGAGCAAAAACGGCAGGAAAUUGCGGAGCAGAAACGUCGGGAAAGAGAAAUCCAGCAACAGAUGGAGAGUCAAGAUGAAGAGACCUUGGAGCUGAAAGAGACGUAUAGCUCAUUGCAGCAGGAGGUGGACAUCAAGACCAAAAAACUCAAAAAGCUCUUCUCCAAGCUGCAGGCAGUCAAGGCCGAGAUCCACGACCUCCAAGAAGAACACAUCAAGGAGCGCCAGGAGCUGGAGCAGACCCAGAAUGAGCUCACCAGGGAGCUGAAGCUCAAGCAUCUUAUUAUAGAAAACUUUAUCCCUCUGGAAGAAAAAAAUAAAAUUAUGAAUAGAUCCUUCUUUGAUGAAGAGGAAGAUCAUUGGAAAUUACAUCCUAUAACCAGACUGGAGAGUCAGCAGAUGAUGAAGCGGCCAGUCUCAGCUGUGGGAUACAAGAGGCCGUUGAGCCAGCACGCAAGAAUGUCCAUGAUGAUUCGCCCUGAGGCCCGAUACAGGGCAGAAAACAUCGUGCUGUUAGAGCUGGACAUGCCAAGCCGGACCACCAGAGAUUAUGAGGGCCCAGCCAUUGCCCCCAAAGUCCAGGCCGCGUUAGAUGCAGCUUUGCAGGAUGAGGAUGAGAUACAGGUGGACGCAUCUUCCUUUGAAAGCACUGCAAAUAAGAAAUCCAAGGCCAGGCCUAAAAGUGGAAGGAAGUCAGGAUCCUCCUCGUCUUCCUCGGGAACCCCUGCAUCUCAGCUUUAUCCACAGUCUCGGGGGCUGGUUCCAAAGUAAAGCCAGUUCCUCCUCUCCCAGGGCAUAAACAUCAUUUGCCUUCUGAGAGAAGAGACGCGCAAAAGCCUGCAGAGACGACUUGAGCCCAGACUCAAAACCAUUCCCCUGAGAAGCAAUGACCUCUUUGCAGAUUAACCAACUCGGUCUGGUCAAAGCGUGCUGGUCCUAUUCUGGCACUGAGCUCCUCUGGGAAACCGCUUCAUGAGCAUCUUGGAAAUGCGGGGGGUAAGGUAAAGUGUGGUGGGCCAAGUGGAGAGCAAGAGAAUGACCAGGGCCCUUGCUUCUCUUCUCCCUCCCCUUCUCCUCCUCCUCCCCUGCCCUCUGCCUUUCCUUCUUUCUCUGCUUUUCUAGCCUGUUCUCUGCACUGGGCUCCCUUCUUGUUGAACAAUAGGGCAGAAUCAGGAGUCACCUUGAAGUCUUUGGAGCCUCAGGAUAAAAUGACAGUGAGGUUGAAAAGUGAAAGCCCUAGAAUUUGAAUGGGUGCUUGUUCUUUUAGGAAGGAAUGAGAAAUCUCAUUUGGAUCCAGGCCCCAGAUGGGCAUGAUCAGCGAUCUUGCUUCCGUGCACCUUAGUAAGAAGUAGAUCUGCCUUUGGGAUCUGCUGAAUGAGGAAAUGUUUUCCCAGGAAGCUGCUGGUUUCUGCUUCUGAAGGAUGCAAUAUUGGAAGCACUGGAAAUAACUUUCCCUUUGUCUCUGGGGAGAGUUUAGGAAAAUGGCUUCUUUAACACUUCAGAACCAAGACUGUCCUGUCAAAGACCUACGUCUGUAAGCUGAUGCCAUGUCCAGACACCGUGUCGCUUCACUCUUCGUUCAGCACCAUCUAUUCCCGUGGACACAUGCUCUGAGCAUCUGCCUGGGCUCCCCGCUGCUCUGUCCUGGGCCUGUCUUGAGGGAGAAGGGAGGCUGGCUCUGCCUUCUCUGACCAAACUAGAGUUGGAGGAAGAGAGGUACAGUGGCGCUUUUGAAGUUCCCAUUUUGUUCCAUAUCAGAAUGGCAAGCAUGAGGGUGACUAGGUAGACGCAGAGAUAAAGAGACAUGAGAGACUCAGUGCCAUGGGAAGGAGAGACAGCAGAUGGAAGCCAAGACCUCCUGCCUGCCUGCAGCAGAGAACCAGCCACGCGAGAACUCUGGGCUCCCCGCAGGCAGAGCCUGAGAUGGUGGCAAGGUGCAGCUGCAUGAUAGAAUAGGCUCAGAGGAGAGGUAGGAAUUCCCGUUUACAUAUACUGUUGGUUUUGUAAGUUUUAGUUCUUUGUAUUAUUGAGAUUCAAAGCUUUGUUUUAUGUUGGCCAUUUGGUGGAUGUUACUUACUUUUCCCCCCGAGAGAAGCUCACUAGUGUGUGUGAGUGUGCAAGCACAAGGAUGCCUGUAUUCUGUGAGAGUGUCUGUGUGUGUCCGUGAGAAAGAGAAAGAGACCAAGAACUUGCCCAGGUUUAGAAAUACAUUAAUGUGUGGCUGUUGCCUGUUGUCUAUGUUAAAGGCCCGUUGAAUGACUGACUAAUCCAGGCUGGAAGUGCUCCCAUGUGGGUGUGGAGUCCACGAGCCAAGCCUGAGGGGAAGUGUAGUAUGAAUCCCUAAGUCUGCCACACUGGUGCACCUUGCUGGCAUGGUGCCUCAGGAAAGUGGCGACCCAGGUGGGCCUUGGGUUGUAUUUCAACUCAGCUGCUCGGUUCCCAGGGCACAUGUCUGGAUCAGAACCCAUGGGAAAGAAGAGGUACCAAGUGCAAUGUCUUAUGCAUUCUGCAAAAUGGAGUUCUGUCAUCCGGCAGCCCAUCUCCUUUAUAGUGACCGUUCUUUCUGAACCCAGGGCCCUUUGUAGCAGUUCCCAGAGCAUAAUAGAGCCUCCCCUCAUCUUUCCUUGGGGUCAAACCUGGCUUCUUGUUUAUUUACUGAUAAUUUGCCUAUUUAAGUAGGAACCAGAUGAUAAGAUGUAUAGCCCAAGAUGGUUAUCUGCGGAGUUAUGGGGUCUCUCACCCCAUUUCCUCAAAGCUAGUCUUCAUUCUGUAGGUUGAAGAUAUUUGUUCUAGCAAGUCUGACAAUUGAUAAUGGCAGAUA